AUGAGCGGGAAUAUCGAUAAUGGUUCUUCCAACUGGAGUUUGGAUUUACAACCUAGUCAACAACCCGAGGAAUGGAUUCCUAGUCAAGCUAUGUUUUUUCUCAAUAAGAAAUAUGAGACAGAGGUCGCUGCAAUUAGAGAACAACAUGCUAUGUGGAUCAGUCAACAGAACGAGUUACAUAGUCAACAAAUUAAACGUAUGGAACAAGAAGUAACAGAGGAGAGAAUUCGUUGGACAGAACAGGACGAAAAACGUAUGAAUGAAAUGAAAGCUUUUAAUUCGGUCGAACUACUAAGAGCAGAAGUCAACCAACUCCGUCGUGAUCUUGGAGAGUCAAUAGAACAACUUAAGGUGAAAAAUCAUAAAAUUGAAAAUUAUGAAAUUCAAAUCGAUGACCUUUCGAGUCAUUGUUCGGAAUACCACGAGAAAAAUAAUCAAUUGAUGGAUGAUUUGGCAAAAUCCCAAAUAACCUAUGAUAGACGUCGAGUAGAAAAUCGCAGAUUAUUAACUAAAUUGGAAGAAAAUUCCAAAUCGACACCUUUGUACGAGCAACAAACGACGUUGGAGACACAGGAACAACCUUUAAUGCAAAGAACCGCAUCUCCUAUUCCCCUCAGUUUACAUCAUACUGAAAAGCAACAAGAAGAAAACUCUUUUCACUCUGAUGCGCAUUCGACGUACAGUAAUGCAGUAAAUUGGGACAACUUCUCGGUAGGUUCAGCAACACCAUCUCAGAAUUUUCGAGCCCAGCAAUUUUCUUCGUCACACCAUGUUAAUUCAGGACAGGCAACAGCUGCUAAUCCAAAUAAACAGAAUCGUCGUAAGCACCCUACACCACCUUUCAAUGGCGUCGGGCGCCCCAUAGCUCAAGAAUGCUUAGCUAACUUUCGUAAACUCAUUGUAUAUCAUAAAUAUACUGAUGACGAAUGCAUUGAUGAGUUUAUGAUGGCAAUGCAAAGCUAUGCCAAUAAGUGGUGGGCAACAGUAGAUGAAGCUACAAGAACGGAUUUCCAAGCCAUCGUAACGGCUUUCCAGGCUUUCUAUGGCGGAGAGGAUGAGGCGAUGGCUAAAGCUAUUGCAGCCAUGCGUACCAUGAAACAAAGUGAUGAAGCGAUGACUUCGUUUGGCACAAGACUAUUGUUAGAAGUAACCACAAUUGCCAAAGAUAAUAGUCAACUACAACUCAAUUAUGUUUAUGGUGCAGUAAAUACGUCCGUGAGUGAAGCGGUUUUGCCUACUCGGCCAAAGAAUAUUUUGGAAGCAAUUGGAGUUGCAAUCGAAGUAGAACAAAACAUACGGUACAGCUCAUUCCAUUCGUCUAACAGCACUGCGAAGAUUCCUUCAGCGGCAAAAAUCUGGCCUCCAAUGGGUACCGAAAGCCGUGGAGAUGAUCCAAUGGAAUGUGAUAUUAAUGCUCAACAAUAUCGAGGCGGGAAGAGUUUUCAAACCAAAGAUUGCAUUUUGUUGAAAAAAGCCAAGGCAUUAAACGACUCGGAGAGCAAGGAGAAGAAGUCUAAGAAGAAUGAAGGUCAUCCAAAAUCUUCUGGCAACAGAAGUAACAACGCACAAACCGCGGAACCGAUUGAUAAUGGGGGACGUUCAGGGACUGAGAGUGCGAAUGAUGUUUCCUUCGGACAGUCCGGCUUUCAACCACAGUCAACUCUUUGA